AUGUCGGACGCCGCGCAAAUAUACAUGGAGAAUGUCCUUCACAUCACGGGCUACCUACACCGACUGCUGUUCCUCAUGAAGGAGCUCGAUUUUAAGGAGUAUGAAAUAAACAAACUCAUUCGAGAGAAGGAGGAGAUCUAUUUAGAAAACCUAAAUUACUUAUCUAGAAAUAGAAUCGAUAGACAGGGUAGUACCUACUUGACGGGGCAGUCGAGCUUGCAGAAUGAGGAGCUCCUACCAGAAUUGGAGAAUCAAGGCGGCGGGGCGGAGUGCGCUCAGCUGAGUGGGAGAGGUGCCCAGGGGGGCCUUAAGGAGGAGGACCCAGCAGGGGGUGACAGCCCAAUGGGAGGUACCAACCCAGUGGGAGAUAACAACCCAGUGGGAGGUACCAACCCAAUGGGAGGUAACAACCCCACCGUGGAAGACCCACCCCGUGACUGCCACCGCAACGACCCCGCGGACUCAGCCAGCGAGGCGUCCCUAAAGAGCACCUCGAGGAAGGCAGCCCAGCUAGAAGGCAGUUCUCUCCACGCCACCUCCGACAGGAAGAAGGCAGCCGGGCAUGCAAAGGGAGGCACUAAGGGAACCCCGCGAGACGCGCCCAGGGGUGGUCUCCACUUGGAGGGCAAAACGCACAGUGGGGGCAGACCCCCCGUGGAGCGAAAAGGGGUCAAGCGGGAAGUGCCAACGGAUGAUGAGCAGCGGGGGGGGGCCCCAAGCGAGGCGGAUCGAGGGGCAGAUCAGGAGGCGCAGGAGGCGCACCCGGAUGGUAACCCCGAUGGUAGCGUGACUGCUCACCCGACCGCUCACCCAAAUGGUAACGUGACUACUCCCCCGUGUGAGGAUCCCACCCUGAAGCGCGAGGUCGAGCUGGCCGCGCCCAACGGAGACGACCUGCCCACCGCCCAGACGAGCAAAAAAAAAAACAGCGGCCAACACAUGCCGAGCGCAAACACAGACGACGAAGUAAAGAGCCAAGUGUGCAGACCCAUCCAAAUUUACACCGAAGAAGAACUAGAAAAUCUCCUAAACGAAAUCAUAAGCGAUAGGGAGCAGUGCAUAGCUCUCCUCAAAGAAAAAAUUUGCAUUAACAACCAAAUAGCGCACCUAAUAAAGACCGACUUUGAUCGUGUGAAAAGCCAGCAUGAUAAGCUCUUCGUGGAAAUGGAGAUGAAUGGCGAGUCGCCUCCGUACAUGCACACCACGAGUAGGAGCAGGAACGCUCCCCCCGAGUGGGACCACCAGGGUCACGCCCACGAGAGGAGCGGCUUCCCCCACGAUCCGCAUGGAAGUGGCGCUCACGGGGGAGAUAUCCACGGUAGAGAGGCUCACGGAAGCGGCGCCCAUUCCAGGGCCAACCACAACAGGAGCGCCCACCAGUACGACCCCUACGAAAUGGAGAAAACCAAAGAGGACGACGCAGAUAGCGCCUCCAUCAAAGCCUUUGGCAGGAAGCACUCCCAAAAGUACGACGAGGAUUACAACCCCUACACGGUGGGGAAGAAUAAAAAGGCGAAGAAGCCGAAGAAGAGCCGGGGGGGCGAGAACGCCACCAACAAGCUGAAGGCCUCUACCUUGGGUGGCGGUCUGAACGAAAGCGCCACGCAAAAUGCAGGUCAAAAUGCAGGUCAAAAUGUCGCCCAGGGCGGGAGCAGCCAAAUGCGAAUUCGCCUCCUGUCGGUGAAGAACCCCUCGCAGGAGGAGGCCCCCCUCGCUGCGCAAACCGACCAGGCUGACGGCCCACCCCCGCGAGAGGACGAGGCAUCCCUCUUAGCCACCUCGGAAGGCAGGGCAGACGUGGCCAAAGCGACCAGCCUCGAAAUGACCAAAAGUGAGAAUGAAGUUCAUGCCGAGGAGGGUGCCCCCCCCCAUGGGGAACAACUCAAUGGGAAUGACCCCUCCAGUGGAAACGACAAACAUUAG